GUAGCUAUGAGGUAAUCAAAAGGGCGACAAUAGCUGCUACUUCACCAUCACGAUACGCGGCUUAUAUCAUCUUAUUAGUUAUAGUAUACCGCCAAAACGAGAUUGCCUUUAAAAACAGUCGAAAUUAGUUCUCCGCGCAAUACUAAUAUUUCUAAAGAUGAGGCUCAAUAGAUAAGGACAGAAAAAUCGAUCAGGACGAGGAUAUUUGGAGCAGAGGGCAUUGUUGACUUUACAGCAUGAGUCGAGCUGGAUGGAGGAAGCGGGCCAAUGAGGUGGAUGGAUGGGGAGGAUGGGGUGGGUAUAUGUCAGCUAAAGUCCAAAAACUAGAAGAACAGUUUAGACAAGAUGCCCCCAAACAGCAUCAGAAUGACAGAACGUUAUCAAUAUUUAAAGGAGUGGCUAUCUACGUUAAUGGAUAUACAGAUCCCACUGCUGAUGAGUUACGAAGGCUAAUGUUGCUUCAUGGAGGCCAGUAUCAUGUGUAUUAUUGCAAAGCCAAAACAACGCACAUCAUUGCCACAAAUCUUCCAAAUGCGAAAGUCAAGGAGCUUAAAGAAGAGAAGGUGGUUCGACCUGAAUGGAUAACAGACAGCAUAAAAGUCGGUUAUCUUCUACCUUACAUUCCAUAUCAACUAUACACUAAGUUGCCAAGUACUCAAAAAGGCUUCAUCUUUAGAAGUUUAUGCAAACCUGAGGAAUCAGUAGCAGGCCCAAGCAAUAUAACUACACAAUCUGUUAUGAACUUGAAUGUUGCAGGAAGUAAAGAAGUUAACACUGGUUGCGAGCUUAGAGCCAGUGGGCUGAACAGCUGCCAUGAAGAAAAGGAAGGGGAUAAUGACAAGGAUUUUGAAGCAGUGAAAUCUGAGCAAGUUUUUCCAAUUUGCAAGAAUAUGCUUUGUUACGAAGAUAAUAUUGCACAUUUUAAUAAACAAAUUCAUAAUUCUAAUGUUGCCUUAGAGAAGCAAGAGCACUUAAAAGAAACUGGUGAUAUGGAUGUCUUUUCUCAAGAUAAUUUGUUGGAAGAAGAUGAGCAGGCGAGCAACAGGUGUUGCAGCGGGCAGCAGCACUGUUAUAAAAAAAGCGACAACUUCAUUUGUAAUUCUGAUCAGACUGCAAGCAAUCCACCCUUCUUACUACACAAUAAAAAUAAAAUAAUUAGUGCUUCCAUUUCUUCCUAUCAGAGUCCUUUGAGCACAAAAAGCACUUCAGAGCACUCUCCUAGUAAGAUGGUUUCUUUGCCAAGACCCAUGGACCGAGGAUUUAUUUCACAAUUUUAUUCUUAUUCCAGACUGCACCAUAUAUCAACAUGGAAGAGUGAAUUUACCAGAUUUGUCAAUACUUUAAAGAAGCAAAGCAGUGGUGCUUUUCCUGGAAGGGAAAAAUUAAAAAGAAUUAUAGGAGGGAGGAUGUAUUCUCCCACUUCCAUUUAUAAAACAGGACAGAAGGAUGUGACUGUCUUACCAAAGCAUCAGAAGUGCAUCAUGCAUGUGGAUAUUGACUGUUUCUUUGUCUCCGUGAGUGUUCUGGAUUCACCAGACUUGAAAGGGAAGCCGGUAGCUGUUACUAGCAACAAGGGAAGUGGAAAAGGUUCUAUGCAUUCAGGAGCCAGUGCAGACUUGGAGAUGCAAUAUUAUGAAAACUUGUCAAAGGGUAAAAAAGGAGAGAAGACAGAUAAUGGCAAUCAAGAUUCACAUACAUGGGACAGCCUGAAUCAUGCAGAGAUGAAUGCAGGUGGUGUAGAUGUCUCCCCAUUGUCAAUGGCUGAAAUAGCAUCAUGCAGCUAUGAAGCCAGGAAAGCUGGUGUAAAGAAUGGCAUGUUUUUUGGACAAGCAAAACAGAUGUGUCCAGAUCUUUUGGCUGUACCUUACAAUUUUCAAGCAUACAAGGAAGUUGCACAAACUAUGUAUGAAACGCUAGCAAGCUAUACUCAUGAUAUUGAAGCAGUCAGUUGUGAUGAAGCUUUUUUGGAUAUUACUGAAAUUCUUUUGGAAACGGGGCUAACUCCUGAGGAAGUUGCAGAUGUUAUCCGCAAUGAUAUUAAAGAGAAAACCAAGUGCUCUGCAUCAGCUGGAAUCAGUUCAAACAUUCUUCUGGCUAGAAUGGCAACCCGCAAGGCCAAACCUGAAGGGCAGUAUUAUUUGAAGCCAGAACAUGUGGAUGAUUUCAUCAGAGGUCAGCCAGUCGCAUAUUUGCCAGGUGUUGGUAAGUCAAUGGAGUGUAAACUAGCAGCUUUAAGUGUUAAGACCUGUGGGGAUCUGCAGCACAUUUCACUGGCAAAGCUUCAAAAAGAGUUUGGACCUAAGAUAGGGCAAAAGUGGUACCGCUUCUGUCGGGGUCUAGAUGACAGGCCUGUUCAAACAGAAAAGGAAAGGAAGUCAGUAUCAGCCGAAAUCAACUAUGGUAUACGAUUCACUCAGACAAAAGAGGCAGAAGCUUUUCUUCUGAACCUUUCUGAAGAACUUCAGCAGCGACUUGAAGCUGCUGGUGUGAAGGGAAAACGAUUGACAUUAAAAAUAAUGGUCAGAAAAGCUGGUGCCCCUCUUGAACCUGCUAAAUUUGGUGGCCAUGGAAUUUGUGAUAAUAUUGCCAGGACUGUAACUCUGGAGCAUGCAACUGACAGUGCUAGAAUUAUCAGCAGUGAAAUUAUCAACUUGUUCUAUACCAUGAAACUGAAUAUAGCUGAUGUGAGAGGGGUUGGAAUUCAAAUGCAUCAUCUGGUUCCUGUUUGUAAGAAUGCUUUGCGUACAUCAGGUCAUUCACCUGUAUAUUCUAAAGCUGUUAUGACUGGCUGUCACUCUGUACAUGAUCUCAUCAAGGCACAAAAUUUAAAGACAACUUUAGAAGGAAAUCUCCAAGAAGGCUGCCCAAAAGGCAAUUUUAGCCCUGAAAUCAGCACGUCAGCGUUUGCCAUGAAGCAGAAUGUUUUCCGCACACCUGUAAGUUUGGCAAAGCUGCAUGUGAGCAUUGAGGUGCCAUCUCCAUCCCAGAUUGAUCCCGAAAUAUUUGCUGCUUUGCCUGCAGAUCUUCAGGAAGAAGUAAGAGCAGCCUUGGACCAAAGGCAAUGGCAGCGUGAGAGUAUUGCUGUGCAGCCUACAGUCAGCAAAGCUGUUUCCAGAAAUCCGUUACUACAACUGAAACCACCAUUAAUGAAACAUAAGAAAAAGAAGAGAAACCAAGGAAGCCCAGUGAAGAAGAUCAUCAGUCCUAUGAAGACUAAACUUUUGGGAACCCCUUCUCGUAAUUCAGGAAUUGAUGCCAGUCACUCUCUGAAAUUAGUUUCUUCCGUAUUAAAGCAAGUCAGCCCAGCUGCUGAGGUUCAGUUGCAGGGUGACCCAGACUCAAGCUUGGCAGAUCAUUCUCAGGUGCUUGUGUCACAGUCAGUAAGUCACCAAAUUCCAAAUUUGGCUGGAGCAGUGGAAUUCAGUGAUGUUAAAGCUUUGCUUAAAGAAUGGAUAACAACCAUCUCAGACCCUAUGGAAGAAGACAUACUUCAAGUUGUGAAAUAUUGCACAGGACUCAUAGAAGAAAGGGAUUUAGAAAAACUAGACCUGGUGGUAAAAUAUAUGAAAAGAAUGUCUAGGCUUAUGUUGAAAUUUAGGACACUGGACAUUGAAAAUGGUUAUUUAAGAGAAUGUAUUGCUGGUGGAAUAGUCCCUAAAGGACUACGUGUUUGGAAAUAUCCAAACAAUGUGCAAAUAGGCAGUACUUUUCAUAAGGAAUUGUUGGAUGUUUUUAAUAAUUGUGGUCUUGAAAUUUUAAAAACUAUUAUCAAAGAGAAUAAUAGAGUAAAGGAUGAAAUACAAAACGAAAUAGAGGAAUUGGAUCAGUGUAUUAAGGAUGACUUGAUGUUUACCAUAAUGGAGGAAAAAGAAAAGUAUUUUAAUGUUAGAUUAGAAAUUGAUAAAAAAUGUGAGCAAAUGGUUCAAAGAAAGUUAAAAAAGUUUGAACGUGAUUCUAAAGAAUAUAGAAGUAACACUUGUUGCCCCAAGCCAAGAAGUUAUAGACAGAAAAAAGCUGUCUACCUCGACAAGCAACCUUUAAAUAACGAUGGGGGGUAUCAUGAAAGGGAAAAUGACAAUAUGAACGAUGAUGCGGGUGAUUUGGAAGAUCUUGGUGAAUGCCCACCUUUACGAGAAUUCUACCAACAGGUUCAAGGUGUGGUGCUGGGCACAGCCUGCGCCCCAACUUAUGCCAACCUGGUAUUAGCAAAAUGGGAGGAGUGA